CACUUGUCAGAAGAAUAUAGCGUCAAAAAUGGAAUUAAAAGAGUUGUCUGUCAAAGCCUUUACGAUGGGUCUACAACUCUGAAACUCUCCAUAUUUAUACUACAAUACCUAGUCUUACAAUAUGACUAUGAGCAGUGGGAAUCAGAGACACAGGUUUGCGGUAGAACUCUUGUCAAAGUCAGGCCACGAGGCAAUAGUGAAGCUCAAUGAAAAUGAAAUCAAACUCCUAGAAAAUAUGAAGCACUAUAUGACAAAAAGGAUCAAAGUAGAACUGGAUUAUUCUGCUGCUUUAAGCAAGAUUAAUGCUUCUGCUACUCAAGGAAUGCCUGAUGGGGAUCCAGAAAGCUUGGUCCGAAAGGCAUGGUCUACGUAUAUCAAAGAGAGUGACCAAAAAGCACUAUUGAUCAACCAAUUCUCAACCCAUAUCAGCACCAAUACAUUUGCUAAACUUGAACAACUCAUUCAAGACAAGAAAAACUUACUUAAACGCUACAAAACURAAAGAUUCAGAGUUGAUAGUGAAUAUAAACAAGAAUCUGAUGAAAUUGAUCGUCUACGCCGCACCUACCGAGAAAAUGCCAAGGAUUCUGAGAGCGGAAAAUCAAAGUAUGAAGAAGUUAUAACAAAGGAAAAAGCAACUCCUAAAGAAUGGGAUAAAUCGAAAGAUAAAUUUGUUAAAUCGACUCUUAAACUUCAUCAAAAUCACAAUGAUUAUGUUUUGUCGCUGUUGUCGGCGAAUGAACACCAAGAGCAUUAUGUUAAUGGCAUUGUUCCGACAAUGUUGAACUUUUUGCAAGAUAUCCAAGAGAGUUAUGUGUCUGAAUGGAAGGAGGUUCUGAAGGACUUUGAUGCCUUUACAGAUGGAUGCAGAGAAGAAUAUUUAACAUCCAGUAAAAAUAUCCAUGAUGCAAUAGACCAGGUGGAUCAGAGUACAGAAUACACGAGCUUUGUCUUAGAAAAUAAAAAAAGUUGCCCAAUGUGCCCUUUCAUCUUUGAACCAACACUAAUUGAACAGGUUUCUACACAACUGGAGCCUGACAAGCUGAUUCUCAAUGAUCUGACGUGUGAAAAACUUAUGCACAAAAAAACACUGUUAUCCCAAGAGCUACAGAUAAUAGAACAGCAAUUGGAGCAUAAAAAAAGAGAUCUCAAGAUUGAGAUGGACAACUUAAAGGAAGCUAAAGAAGAUGGCAGAGAAGUUUUAUGCAUUGUUCAGCGACAAGUAACCGUUGCUGCAGUCAGUUGGCAGUAUGAAGAGAUGAAAUGCUCCCAAGCUAAACUACAGAAAAAGCUUAGUACUGUUAGCGAGCUGAUUGACAAAUUAGGGAAUGAUUUACCUCCAAAGUUCUACGACUUGAUUGGWGCACCCAAUACUGUCACUGCUGUUGGGGACUUUAACCAAAGCUCUCCACAAGUAAGACGAAGCAUUAGGACACUUAAAUUCGGCCUUCCAUUUCCCAAGAAGAAAACAGGAAAGUUGUCUUCCAUUUCUGACAGCAAGAAUAGCUUGUCAAGUGACGAACAAAAACGAACUGAUCCCGACGGGACGGCGGGUGACAGUGAUAGUAUUGUCGGCGAAUAUGAAGAGCCUCCAGAUGACGUGCCGCUAGAGGAACAGGAGUGGUUCCAUGGCGUCAUACCACGUAAAGAAUGCGACAAGAGGCUAUUAAAUAACGGUGAUUACCUGGUGCGGGAGAGCGCCACGAAACCUGGCGAGUUCGUUCUCUCGGCAAAAGAUUCUGGUCAUCUACGACACUUUAUUAUCCAGAAAACAGAAGAAGGUUUCGUUAGAUUUGAAGACCACGCCUUCCCAUCAUUCCGUGAGCUCCUCCAAUACCACGUGCUCCACAGGGCUCCCGUCACUAAGAAAUCCAACGCCAUAAUAACCACCCCAAUCUCCCGUCCUCAAAAACAGAAAGACAAAUGGGACCUGAGCCAUGAUAGUAUCCAGAUAACGACCAAGCUAGGGCAUGGGCACUUUGGUGACGUCAUGAAAGGAAUACUGAAGCCUCAAAAUACCCCAGUGGCCGUGAAGUCUUGUAAAGAGAAUGUGUCCGAUUUGGUGAAGCAGAAGUUUUUGGCAGAAGCGGAGAUUUUGAAGCAGUAUAACCAUCCGAAUAUUGUGAAGUUGAUUGGUGUGUGCGCUGAUAGAGAACCUGUGUAUAUUGUAAUGGAACUAAUGCCUGGCGGAGACUUUCUCUCAUACCUUCGCAAGCACAGCGGCCAACUUCAAAUCCCUAAGCUCGUACGAUUCAGUAUCCAUGCGUCAUCCGGGAUGGAGUACCUCGCAAGCAAAAACUGUAUCCAUAGAGAUCUAGCUGCCAGGAACUGCCUGAUAGGAGAUAGAGAUACACUCAAGAUAUCAGAUUUUGGAAUGUCAAGGGAGGUUCUUGACGAAGGUCUGUACGAAGCGUCUAACAUGAGAGAGAUUCCGGUCAAGUGGACAGCACCUGAAGCACUAAACUACGCCCAGUACACAACACUCAGUGAUAUAUGGAGCUUUGGUAUAUUACUAUGGGAGACCUUCUCAUCCGGGAACACUCCAUAUCCUGGAUUAUCUAAUAAGGACACUCGGGACAAGGUGGAGCAGGGCUACCGCAUGCCACCCCCCCUCGGGACGCCUCCGUCCAUCUACAAGAUCAUGAAGGACUGUUGGAAUAUUGAACCUGAACAAAGACCUAAAUUCAGCGACAUUCUCAGGCGAUUAAAACAAAUUGAGAGCACAAUGUCAUAAAGAUCAUGUGACGUUGAUGUCCUGCUGCAGUUUAUGGGAUAGAAUGAAGCAGUUGCCUGCAGUAUUAAGGUGUCAGCGGUAUGAGUUUUGAUCGUGGAAUGACGUCCAUAGAAAUAUUUAGAUUGCGUUACUUGUUGAAAUAGAGGGGAAAGGAUUUAUUUUUUAAUUUUAAUUUUUAAUUUUUAAAUUUCCUCAAGAUGUUGCGGGUUAGAUAAUUGUUAAUUUUAUUCCAAAGUUGCCGUUUAUCAAAAUUUGCUUUUCAUCUCUUUCAUGGUUGGGAUCCCUUUGUAUUUUUUUAUCAAACCACAGGCAGCCCAUCAAAGAAGCAGAAUAGUUAAAAAGAAAUUUAUUUUUACUUUUAUUUUUUUUAAACGCUUGAAGUUAAUGAUUCAAAGUUUGAAAUAAGGUUGGCGAGCCCUGUGUGUGGUCAAUCAGCACUUCACAGGAAGCCAACCAAAGAAACAAACGAGAGAGCAAAAAAGAACGCCCAACGAAAAUACUAAGAAUAUGUAUAUUUUUAAUGUUGUAUUGUAUAUUUUGAGACAAAAUUCAUUCUAGGGUAUAGAAAGUAUCAGAUAGGUUUAGUUGUAGAAUUUAUUUAGAAAAUUAUAUUUAUAUUAGCUUAACACAGAGUCUGAGCUUUUCUAUAAUUUAGUGGCAUUUUACCCCGUGUUUCAGGCACUCUCUCGCCGCAGUGUUUCUAGAUCGUAGGCUUCAUAAACUCAGGAAGCCUAGAAUGAGCGAGCCUUUGAAACUGGRGUAGUUCCACUGUAAGAUUUAUAGAAGGACACUUUUAAAACAGCUGCUAUGUUGAUUGAUCUAAUCUGUUGGUUGAUCUCUCGACAAAUCAACGUGGUAGCCUCUGUCACUUCCAGACACAAAAAUUUAACUGGAUGUGACACAGGUGACCAAUAUGGUGGCUAUGACGUAACGUGCAUUCCAAGAAUACUUAUAUAAUGUUUGAAUAUAAAGUGAAAUAAGUCCCACGGUUCCCUGCGCCAUCUUGAAAGGUAGCCGUGCCUUUGCAUCGAAGCGAGACAAACGUUGAGCUUGCAAUGAUAGAAACCUUUUUUAACACCUUGGACAAUUAUUCACAGGUCUCUAUCAUUGAAAGCUCAACGUUCGUCUCGCUUUGAUUCAAAGCCCCGGCUAGCUUUCAAGAUGGCACAGGGAACUGUGAAGGGGACUAUUGUGAUUAUAGGAAUACUUCAUGUUUAAAACUAUUGAUAAAUAUUGAUGGUAUUUGAUAUAUUUUACCAGUUACACUUCCAUCUGCUGUGAGCUUAGUCAAACUCAAGUGCGGGACAUUGCAUUGCAUUUUGGACUGUUUAAGUGACGUAAGAAAUAGAUGCCAUCUUAGAAAUGUGACCUCUAAAACAGUCCCACAAUGCACUGCAGUGCCAACUCGGCCCAGUUUAUUUCCCCUCGACCUCGGAAUGGGUAAUAGACCCCAAAAGUACCUACUAUAUUAAUAGGCAUUACAUAGUACAAUUAAAGUAUUAGAAGUUAUAAAUAAUUAUAGAAGAAAUGUACAGUAUAUUAUACUCCAGUUUCCAAUUCUCUGUUCUACAGGGUUAGCCUGGAUUUCUUCUGGAAUUGCUUUGAAUAUUCAUGCAUUCCAUUGAAGGUCCAUGGAAUAUCAAAGUGUUUGUACAUGUAUUGUUGAAGUUGUACAUUCUUUACUUUACCGUUGGUAUUUGUGAAUAUUUAGACACUAAAAUGAGGCUAACCCUUUAAAAAAUGAGUCUGUGAUUAAGCAACAGCAAAUUUGAGUAAUAGACCGUUUUCUCAAGGUUGCGUGCGCAUCCAACUUGACACACCACAAAAAUGAAAAACGCAGUAAAAUUGAUAAGCCAGUUUUAUUUUUUUAUUUUUUAGUUCCAUAUUUUUAAAAGUUUUAAUCUUUAAAAAGAGAAGGAAAUCUCAUAGAAAUAUAAGAUAAUUCUCAUUAUAAGCUCCUGUUCUGUUAUCGUGGCCCGACAAGUUCCUUAAAUUUGGAUGCGCACGCAACCUUGAGAAAAUGGUCUAUUGUUGGCAAAAGCUUUAGAUUAUAUCGUGUAUAAAAUUGAAAUGUUAUUAUUUUUAAAUACUAUUUUCUUGAAAGUUAGAAAUAAUAUUCCAAGUAAAAUUUAAAAAAUGAUCAA